GUGUUGUAUAUGUUUGUUGCUUCUUCCAGCUAGUUGAAGUCUUUCGGAUUAGUUCUUUCACUUGUGGUUCAAUUCAACAUAACCACAAACCCAAAUUUAAUUAAUAGUAUCCAACUUCGAUCUGUACAAAUCUUGUUGCUUUUGUGCUUUUUUAGGCAAGUGUAAACUGUGUUUGGUCCGAUUAGAGAGGACUCGAAUUACUUAAGACGGCGUCGGUUUUGUCCAAAUGCGAGUCAACUGAACACCACACGAUGCUGCUGCAGUGCGUCGUGUUGUGUUCGUUACUCGCCUUCGUCGUCUCCGUUGCUUCGACCUCUCCCCUCGUUGGCGUUCACCCCUUAGAUGAAAUGUAUUUCGAAUCAGAUAUUAUCAGAUGCAAAGAUGGCUCCAAAUCAUUCCAUAGAGACCGUCUCAACGACAACUUCUGCGAUUGUCUCGACGGCACCGAUGAGCCUGGAACUUCAGCAUGUCCAAAUGGCAAGUUUUACUGUAGGAACAUAGGAAGUUCACCAAAGUUCGUUUACUCUUCUCGUGUAAACGAUGGAAUCUGUGAUUGCUGUGAUGGAAGUGAUGAGUACGAAAGUAGCAUUGGUUGUCCCAACACAUGUGUAAUGGGUGGUAAUGUUAACUACAUCUACAAACCUAGAACCAACCUUAAAUCUGUCGACAGGAAACUCGGUUCUACUACUUCUUUAAAGGAUUCUAAUACCUUAAUGAAUCUUCAGGACGUGGUCAAGAAUCUCCAAGGUAUGAAGCUUGUCUUCGCCCUUCAGCUGCUUUUGAUUGGUUUCUUGCUGAUCUUAUGGAUGCUUAGGCGUCGUGCUCGGUCUAAGAGGAGACGCAAGAAUCUACCUCUUAUUAGAUCAGCUAACUAACUUCUUUAUGGACCUCUUUGAUUAUAGUUUCUUGAAGCUUUUACAAGGAACCUGUAUGCUAAAAUCACAUUAUGUCAAGUGUCAUUCUAUAUAGUUAGUUAAAACUUGAAACUGUAUUAAGUUUGGAUCAUAAUUCUCUUGUUCGUCUUUA